AUGUCUUACUGCAGGCACAAAGGAAAAGAUUGCAUCAUAUUUGUGACCAAAGAAGACCAGGAGGCACCCAGCAAUGCCGAGCUAGUAGCAGAUGACCCCGAUGAUCCUUACGAAGAGCAGGGUCUGAUCCUGCCCAGUGGAGACAUAAACUGGAACUGCCCAUGUCUGGGAGGCAUGGCCAGUGGACCAUGUGGCUCUCAGUUCAAGGAGGCCUUUUCCUGUUUCCACUACAGUGAAGAAGAGGUGAAGGGCUCCAAUUGCCUUGAAAACGUCCGUAACCUGCAGGAAUGCAUCCAGAAGAACCCCGAGCUCUACCCCCAGGAGGAAGACGAAGACGUCGCCACUCAGCAGGAGUCCGACUCUGCUCUGACCUCCGCCGCCCCACCUGACACUUCUGCCUUAUCGCCCGAGAGUGAACCAUCUCCGGCUCCUUCUGCGGUCACGCCUGACAGCCCCUCAGCCACAGACGGCCAGACUGCCAGCUGA